GCCAUGUGUAAUAGUGGCGAGCAGAAGCAGAGGCACGUCCCCUGCUCUCGUCGUCCGUCCCUGUUCAUCUGCAUCGCCGGCUAUAAGUACGUGAUCUACAGAAGCCAAGCGAGGCGUCAGUGUCGGUCUCCUCCGCCGGCCGCAGCGCGUCGAUCAUGUCGGAGAAGAGGCCCGCAGCGCUGAGCCGGCCAUGCGUUCUGGUCAUAGUGGUGGCGGGCGUGGAGCGGUUCGCGUACAAGGGGGUGGCGUCGAACCUGGUGACGUACCUCGCCGACGUCGUGGGGAUGAGCACCUCGGCGGCGGCCAAGAGCGUCAGCACAUGGAGCGGGGUCAACUUCAUGCUGCCGCUCGCCAGCGCCGUCCUCGCCGACUCCUUCUGGGACCGAUACUCCACCAUCACCGCCUCCUCCUUGCUCUACGUCCUUGGGCUGGUAGGACUCGCGUCGUGGGCACUGCUGCGCACAUGGAUGCCGUGCUCCUCACUGUUCUUCCCGCUCUACCUGAUCUCAAUCGGCCAAGCCGGGUACAACCCUGCGCUUCAAGCCUUCGGAGCCGAUCAGCUCGACAUCGGUGACGACACGGGUUCCGGCACGGUGGCAGAGGAGAAGGGCAAGGUGAAGAGCAUGUUCUUCCACUGGUGGUACUUCGGCAUAUGCAGCGGCAGCCUGCUGGGGAACUCCAUCAUGUCCUACAUCCAGGACAACUUCGGCUGGGGGCUCGGCUUCGCCAUUCCCUGCGCCGUCAUGGCCAUCUCCGUCGCGGCAUUCUUCUGUGGCACCCCUCUCUACAUGCUGAAGCAACGGAUGAGCAUCGGCAGGCCAUCUUCGAUUAACAUCUUCAAGGUUGUGAAAUCGAUCCUGGCAAAUGUCGGUGCUCGGAAGAUUAGUCUGCCAUCGAGAGACGACAAUGGCGAUGCCAUUUCUGAGCUAGAGUUGCAAGAGAAGCCCCUGAAAGCCGAACCAACUGAUACAAAGGUGUCCAUGGAUGAGGCUGCACCCAGUGUGGCUAAGAUCGUAUUCCGCCUCCUGCCAAUUUGGGCAGUUUUGCUCAUGUUCGCGGUGAUCUUCCAGCAGCCGAUGACGUUCUUCACCGAGCAGGGCAUGCUGAUGGACCACACGGUCGGCGGCGCCUUCCUGAUCCCGCCGGCGAUGCUGCAGAGCUCGAUCACAGUGUCCAUCAUCCUGCUCAUGCCCAUGUACGACCGGAUGAUCAUCCCGCUGAUCAACGCCAUCACCCGGGGCAGCGACGGGAUCACGGUGCUCCAGCGGAUCGGCGUCGGCAUGGUCCUCUCCAUCGUCGCCAUGGUCGUCGCGGCGCUCGUCGAGUCGUGGCGGCUCCGCGUGGGCGUGGCCACUGGCGGGGAAGGCGGCGGCGUCCGGCCGAGCAUACUCUGGCUGCUGCCGCAGUACGUCCUGCUGGGUGUCUCCGACGUGUUCACGGUGGUGGGGAUGCAGGAGUUCUUCUACACGCAGGUGCCGAGCACCAUGAGGACCAUCGGCAUCGCGCUCAACACCAGCGUCUUCGGCUUCGGGAGCUUCCUCGGCGCGUUCCUGAUCACCGCGCUCGAGAUGGCCACGGCGAGUGACGGCAACGGCCGCGGAUGGUUCUCCGACGAUCCUCGGGAAGCGCACCUCGAUAAGUACUACUGGUUCUUGGCUCUCCUAAGCUCCGUCAGCUUCGUGAUCUUCACACACUUGUGCAAGUACUACAAUAGCACAGAUGCAUCAGGGAAGUAGGAUUAUAGUGCAGUGAAAACUAGAAUGAUUUGCCGUUCGAUCUUCGUGUUGCUUGCGUGCAAAUUACGUUCUUUUUUCAGGGUGGGUUCAGGUAUAGUUUCAGGUUUGUGAUGUUUUCAGACUUCAGAGUGAGCUGCUGUAGUUCAGGAUUCAGGUGUGUGUUCUGUUUAGAAGAUUGAUGGACCAAUAUUUUAGGCAGAAGGUUUACCUGGAGCAAUGAGCAAUCUUCUGCAACCUUAGUACGCCUUGAUAGGAUGUUCUGCAACCCAGAAUGGGAUCUCCUACAUUUAGAUGUAAUGCUCCAACCACUCUCUUCAUCGGCAUCGGAUCAUUGCCCGUUACUCAUAACCUUCAUGGCUGAUAUCCAGCCACCUUAGCACUUCCGCUUUGAGGACUUCUAGGUUCAUGUAGAAGGCUUUACUGAGGUUGUCCAACAGGCUUGGUCUGCAGAACAUGACCUCACGGACCCUUAUCACAUUCUCAACAUGAAGUUUAGAAGGGUGGCUAAGGCUUUGCAACAAUGGCAUUCCAAACAUUUUGGUGACUUUGACGUCCAAUUUGCCAUGGUUCAA